AUGGCUGGACUCAUAAACAAGAUAAACCGGUCCUCCAUUUCUCCACUCCCAACGGAAAAGGCUGAUCAAAAGCAUGAUAAGGAAAAACCCAGAACACAGGCUGCAGAACUGUUGAGGCAUCCCCAUUUACAACCAUACCUCGUUCAAUGCCACAACUUAUCCCCCAUCUUCCUACCACUAAAUCCUAAAAACUACUCAAGAUCUAAAUCAACAAAAACUCGGCAGUCUGACAAGGCUAGAGUGGGUAAAGACAUCAAAUGUGGAAAGCGAAGACUGCCAAAGGAGUCUGAUAGUUUUCCUGAUAUACCAAAAGGAAAUCUGACCAAAACUGAUUUGCUUACUCCCUCUGAUUUCCAACAAGUUCUCGUUGAAACUAAAAUGGUAGAUCCUACCACCUGUGUCAAGCAAGUCUCUAAGACUGAUGAAUGUCUAAGGGUUAACACCAACUGCAUAGAGAAAAAUCAAAGCCCUAACUUAGCAAAUUCCUUGGGCAGUUCAUUGACUGAUUACGAAGAAGAUACAGGAUAUAAAGAGCUCAGUACUCACAAGCAUCACCAGCAAGCGCAAGUUGCUAACAAUACUGAAACUGUAACUGAGAGAUCCUAUCCGGAAAAUCACAAAAGAAUGGCAGCACAAAAUGCAUCUGCCAUGUAUAGCAACAGGCUUUUUGAAGAUGAAGGGUCAUUAGAAGCUAAAUCAGGAACGUCCUUGGGGAGUUCGCUGACUUAUCACGAAGAAGAUAUAGAACAUGAAAAAGAGCUCACUCCUGAACAUUACCAGCAUGCGCAAGUUUUUAAUAAUACUGACACAGUAGCUGAGAAUUCCGAUCAGGAGAAUCGGAAGGGGGUGGCAAUGCAAAAUGCAUCUCCCAUGUACAGUAACAGGCUUUUUGAAGAUGGACGGGCACUGGAAGCUAAGAAAGAAAUAAAAAAUGAUUAUGAAUCAGUACCCUUGUUCUCUCCACACCCAAGAGGGAUCCCUAAUUCAAAUCCAGAUAUUGCUUCCACUGGAAACACGAAAAGUACAGUGACACUUUCUUGUGGAUAUGAAUUAGGAGCAAAAGCAGAUGAUCUUCACCCCUCCAAGCUUACAGGAAAAGGAGAAUCUCUGGAAUUUAAUCAAACAUCUAGUGACACUUCUACAACGAGUCCACUAGCUGUGCCACAUGGAAGCAAUAAUAGAAUUGCAUGGGAUACCCUGGGACAACAAAGAUCAGAAGCUCUGGAGUCACUACUUGAACUUUGUGCACAACUACUUAGACGAGAAAGGCUAGAGGAACUUGCAGGUGUACUAAGACCAUUUGGGGAAGAAGCCGUUUCAUCAAGAGAAACAGCUAUUUGGUUGACAAAAGGCCUAAUGAGUAUUCAAAAACAAGGUGAGGAAACCUAG